CAGACUUAAAAUUGUAAUGUACCAAAGCCAUACAGCUUAUCUCAAUCCCAUUAUAAUCUCAGCGCUUGGUUUGCAAGUUAUUUGAUUUUUGCGUGUUCUCGCUUGAUUUUUACGUGAAGUAUAGCUGUAUAGCUCCUACUGGCAAAUAUUACUAAGAAUUUUUCUUCUUGGAAUAAACCCACCAGGGGUCGAUUUUUAUCUUUGUUUCAUAUGCAUAAUUUGAAAGAAAUAUGUUGGUCUGCAUCAUUAUCAAGUUAUUUGCCUUGAAAAGCAGCAUCAUUCUUAAAAGGAAAAGCAUGGAAGAAGCUUAGUUUAGGAGUCAACAAAAUGGUUUGGUCUCUUACACAAAGAGAGCGUUUAGCAAUAGAAAAAUCAACUCUGGAGAAGUAUUUUCUGCUUGGCGUAACAUGGAUUGACCCUCAACACGAAACGAAAGUGGAGGUAUUGUUAAAAAGCAACUCGGAUAAAGAAUAUAAACUUCGUGUUUACAUUCCAACUGACUUUCCUAACUCGUGUCCUGCCCUCGUUGUUGUAUCACCACCAGAACUUUUUCUCAUGGACGGCUUGCGCCUUCCUGAAAUCAGUGAUUCGUUCCACACCUUAGAAGACACCGAUGGCUUUCAUCGUAUCUGUCACUUCUACCCGCCUGACUGGACGCCAGAUAUCACGCUAUAUCAAGUCUUUAUGAAAGGUCGGCUGUGGAUUGAGGCUUAUGAAGCUCAUUUCGACACGGGAGAGGAUAUGGAUGUCUUUCUUGGGGAGCAAAAGUAUACAGUAGCUUCCGAAGAGCCAUUCUACGAGUCUGAUGAUUCUAUUAAUGACACCCUGCCUGAUUUUGACUCUGAUGGGUGUUUGGAUUAUUGGAGACGUGAGCCGCUGGCUGACCAACCCCCUGCACCUCCUGUGACUUACAUGACCUCACCUUUCCCUCACCUAUCAGACCAGACUCUUCCUACAACUGUGCGAGUUUUGCAAUCAAUGCCCGAAAUGCCUACAUUGUUCCAACCACGUUUACCAGAUGAAGCCUUGCCUAUAGGCUUUCUUCUCGAUCCAAGCCAAAAUUCCGAGCUACCAGCAGGAAUGCAUCGACCACCAAUUGAAAAUAAAGACAGCCCAUCUUCACAACUAAGCCAGCUGCCCUUCAGCCCUGUAGAACACCAGUCACCCGAACGACAUGGCAUCAGUCCCAACAACAACAACAACAGCAGCAACAACAACAACAACAACAACAAAGCACCACUACUGAGUUCCCCAUCCUCUAAUUAUGCUUCACCUCCACAAAGAAGCCAACAGCCCCUUGAUUCUACAGUCAACUCCUCACCCCUACCAUGUGGUUUAGAGAACUCAAGUGUAAUUUCACACUCCCCCAAUGACCCAAACAACGAAUCACAAGCACAGACAAGCUCGUCAAACAACAAUGCACCAUCUCGAAGCUAUAGACCAACAGGAGGUGUUGAUGUGUUUGGAGCAUUUCAUGAAGAAAUGAUGAGACGAAAUUCUGCCUCCCGUGCGCGUCCCACUUUGGUCCCCCCACCUGUUAAACCAAAGCCUAAACGACCCCGUUAGUUAAAUUAUAUCAGUGGACAAUUUCAAGAAAUAUAACAAAAAAGUGAAACUGGUCCUCGGUCUCUGGUGAACAUAAUCAUAUUAAUGGUAAUUAGUAUAACACACUAUACUAGUUAACACUGUGUAUAUAUUUUAACAUUUAUGUAGAAAAUCGCUGAUGAUAUUAUCAUUAGUUAAUAUUAUUAAUAUUCUGUUAAGCGCCGACAGGAGAACUGGAAACGAGUGACACUCAGUGGUCGUGUUUUUAGUGUGUUCGAGUGCGUUUUAUAUCUGAUAAAACACGACAACGAGUGUUUUGAAUAGCUUAAAAUACGACUACAAAAGAAUACUAAUUAGGAUGAACCAUUACAUAAUCAUGCUAAUUAGGAUGAACAAUUAUAUAAUGCCACAUGUGUUUUAUCAGAUAUAAUAAAGUCACUCCACGUGACAUAUUAUGGCUUACAUAAUUUGCCACAAGGUUUAUGAAUUAUUAAUGAGUAUUUUAAAUAUAUAUAUAUAUAUAUAUAUAUAUAUAUAU